GCGCAGUCCUGACUCUGUGCUGAGAUCUCGCCGCGCGCACAAGCGACUCUCGAUUCCCACUCUGCGUCCCGACUGCACCUCAGCGCGAGAGGGUGGAAAACUUUCCCAAAACUUCUGAUUGCAAAUUUUCUCGCUUCUUCUUCUACACAGCGAACUGCUUCGCCGAUCUUUUCAAAAGAAGAAACUGCCUUUGAAGUGCCUUGAUUUUACAGCAUUGGACGUGUGCGCGUGCAAAGCGCUGGACAUAUCGCAGACUUGCUGUUGUUUUUUCAUUUUUAAAAAAAAAGCAGAAACGAAGGGAACAAAGUCGUGACUUAACUGCUGUUUGUUACUUUUGGUCGCUUUUUAUUCGGUAUACACUGCGGGAUUGUUUCGCUCGUUAUUUUCGGAGGCCCGGUUUUUUUUAUUGCUCAAGAAAAUCCAGCUCGCGAGACCCGAGCGUCUAAAAGAAGUUAAACACAGAAAGACUCCGCAUCCCCAUGAGGCAACUAGAAGUGCCUAUCGAAGAGAUUUCGUGACUGAACUUUUUCUUUUGUUUUGUGUUCAUUUUUGUUGCUCCAUUACUUUAGCAGUCAGCGAUGAAGAUGAUCGUUGUAUUUACAGUAUGCAUGUCUGUGGUGGUUUUGGCGUCGGCUCAGGCUGAUCAGAAGUCAAAGAACUGCAAUGAAGUCAGAACUGCCUAUAGUUCCAAAGGUUUCAACGUCAACGAUGUUCCCAACAAAGGAGUGCAGGGAGCCCAUCUGAAGGUCUGUCCUCAAGGUUUCUCCUGCUGUACUCUGGAGAUGGAGGAGAAGUUGAGUCAGCUGAGCCGCGUAGACCUGAAAGCCCCCGUUCACCAGCUCAGCUCCAACAUGCAGAACACCUUCACCCAGAGACACCGUCACUUUGACCAGUUCUUCAGAGAGCUGUUGGACAAUGCAGAGAAGUCUCUCAAUCACAUGUUUGUGCGGACGUACGGCUUGAUGUACGUGAAGAACAAAGAGCUCUUCGAGGGUUUCUUCAGUGAUCUGCGUCGCUACUACAGCCACGGCAGCAGUGCGGUCAAUCUGGACGACAUGCUGGCCGAGUUCUGGACCGAGCUGCUGGAGCGCAUGUUUCGACUGGUCAACGUCCAGUACGAGUUCAGCGACUCCUACAUGGAGUGUGUCAGCAGGCACACAGACCAGCUCAAACCCUUCGGAGACGUUCCACGCAAGCUCCGUCUGCAGCUGACCCGCUCCUUCAUCGCUGUUCGCACUUUCACUCGUGGCCUCGCACUCAUGCCUGAUGUGGUCGGCAAAGUCUCCUCGGUGAGCGCCUCACCGAGCUGUGUGCGCGCAGCGAUGAAGAUGUUAUACUGCCCGUACUGUAGCGGUCAGGUGGCGCUGAAGCCCUGCAAGAACUACUGUCUGAAUGUCAUGAGGGGCUGUCUGGCCAAUCAGGCCGAUCUGGACACGGAGUGGAAUAACUUCCUUGAUUCUAUGUUAGGUCUCGCUGAGAGGCUGGAGGGACCCUUUAACUUCGAGUCGGUCGUGGACCCCAUCGAUGUGAAGAUUUCAGAUGCUAUCAUGAACAUGCAGGAGAACAGCAUGCAGGUCUCACAGAAGGUGUUUCAGGGUUGUGGGCAACCCAAACUCAGCGUGGCCUUCCGUAGCCGGAGGUCUGCUAAAGACUCGGGCUUCCCUGGCCGUUUCAGACCCUACAGCCCUGAAGCCAGACCCACCACUGCUGCUGGCACCACCCUGGACCGACUGCUUACGGAUGUCAAGAAGAAACUGAAGCAUGCCAAGAAGUUCUGGUCCACCCUGCCAGACACAGUGUGUGUUGGAGAAAGGAUUGCCCCCGGUGAUGAUUGCUGGAAUGGUACAGCUAAAAGCAGGUACGAAUCUGUGGUUAUGAGCAGCGGUUUAGCCAAUCAGGUGUCUAAUCCAGACGUGGAGGUUGACAUCACCAAACCAGACAUGGUGAUCAGGCGGCAGAUUGCAGUCCUGAAGGAAAUGACCAGCUGGCUGAAAGCUGCUUACACCGGCAACGACAUCUCAUUUACCGCCGAUGAUGCCGGCAGCGGAGAGGAAAGCGGAAGCGGCUGCGACUCUCCCUCUUGCGACAGCGACGGAGAUAUUUACUUCUCCACCCCGGCGCCCGGUAAACCUCGCAUCCUCAAGACUCAGGAUGACAAACAGGCCUCCAGCGGAACACGGUUGGCACCCUGCAGCCCGGCACUGGCCCUGGCGGCGCUCCUGCUCGCCCUGCUCACUCUCCAAACAAGAUAAAAGCAGAACCAGCCCAAGUAAGAGCAAGUGUUUGGACAAAUGUUUUUGACCGAGAGAGCAGAAAACUGCCACAGGACAUUAAAGACACUGCUUUCAGGAUCUCCAUCUGCCUUCCAUCCGGGGAAGACACUCAAGUUAUUAAUAUCCACAAACCUUCAGUGUAUUUUUUUAAUGUUUAUAAGACGGACUCCAUUUUGUGUACAGCUAUACGGCUCCAUGCAGCAUUGCGUCGUCUGGGUCUUUUUGUUUUUUUAGCAUCAACAAUUUCUUUUAUUUCCCCACAGUGUUCAUGUUCGCAAUAGAGAGAGAGUGUGUGUGUGUGUGUGGAUGGUAUGUAUGAUUUUUUUAAAAAGCUAAACAAUUAAUCAACCCAUAUAACACAUGUAUGAUUUAAGCAAAGCUCUAUUUUUAAUCCAUUAUCGGUAUGCGUGUUGGCAUGUGUGGAGGAUUCGGUUAACUAAACGUGUUAUUGACGUUCACGAUGCCUUAAAUGCUUCAUAAAACGCCCUUUAUCAGGUCUGCGACGGACAGAAGAAACUAACUACGCUGCCUUAUGAAUGAAUUCAGAACAUGAAUCCCCAGACAUGCUGUUGGUUUUGUAUUUGUAUUCGUUUCCAAGCAAAUUUCACAGCCCAAACGCUUUCAGCGAUAUAAUAUAUAACUUGAGAAUAUAGUCUUCAGUAAUAACUUAAUAGUGCGCGCAGAAGAAGAAGAAGGAGCUUUGGAUAAGUAAGGUCUGUAUGAAAGUCACUGAUGAAUAGGCCUUGAUGGCUCGAAGAUGAUCGUGCAGAGACAUGACGUGAACUUAAUGGACGAUUAGUUAUGAAGCAGCUGGAAAGGAGCUGAAUUCUACACAGGGUUUUAUACGGAGGUGUUUAUUUUGCUAGAAGUGUAUUGUAAGGUUUAAAACUAUAUGAUAGGUACUGCAGCAGAUUUCGCAACACAUCGACAGCCGGUGCUUGUUCCGAGAGGUUGGGUGGCCUUGUUUGGAAACAUCAAACGUCCAUGCUUUUCUAAUUUCCAUAGAAGGUGGUACACAUUUUAAAACCAUUGCUCACAUAUAGCAAUAGCCUUUGUGUGUGGUACGAGCAGAUUUUUUUCAUUCACACAUCUGACAAGCUUUCUUAAUCUCAAGGACUUUCCACCCAGCUCUCAGAUAAAAAAAGAAGACGACAGAAAUCUUGCAUCGCUUUUGUACAGUAAGUUAUUUAACCAGGUCUCUUCGAAAGGCAUUCGCAAGCACCGCUUUCCUUGUAUCUUCAUUUCAGUAUUGGAAAUAUUUAUGUCUCUAGAUGAAUGCGUUUGAUCUCACAGCUUCACGGAUGGUUUUAUAUCGGCUACAGAUUUCAUUUUAUGUAACGUUUAGAUUUUGUAAACCAAUUGAAUUGUUUUAUAUUAAGUGGGUUGUGAAAAUUGUACAAGCUGAUGCAAGGACAGGGCUGGCCAUCGGUCCUUGAUCGUUCCUAAUGUCACAUGCACUUUUUUAAAAGAAAAAAUUGGCAUUCAGAUACCUCACGGCAAUUUUAAAUGUUGUUUUGUAAUGUUGUAAUCCUAUCUGCAACAUGCACACGCUUUUAUUCAUUCAUUCAUUCAGUGUCUAUGGAUGAAUGGCCAGUCCUCAGACGUGAAAAGGAGUCUGAAAUGAGGAAAGAUCUGUGCAGCAGUGAUGCUCCGCACCUCAGAUUGUUUGUUUGUUUGUUUGUUUGUUUAAACUGAGGCAUGAAUAGGAAGCUGUAUGUGUUUUCUGUUCAUCCCGAUGACCCAAAGCUUCCCACCGUCACAUGUUUUACGAUGGCUCUGAUGUAAAGAAGACCAGGAAAGGAAGUGUCUUGUGCUUAGUAUGUCGAGCUGCUCUGAGUCAGUGUGAAGAUGACGCGGACUUUACGGAUCAGGAAAGCGAUCCUCUGCGGUGUCAUCUUUUAGUUUGAGUGCUGAACUUCAGGCGGAUGGAUUGCAGAGCCUGCAGCUCUGUACAUCAGUGAUGAUGAGGAAGAGGAGGAGAGACUGAAGAAAGAAGAGGAGAAAAGAAAACAAUUGUAAAUAAUGAGCAGUCGAUUUAGUGGUCUCUGAGAGAUGUUCAUCAGAUUUUACCCAUUCAGAGUAUGUGCUUAAUAUGGGCGAAACCAAGAGAGAUAGAUGCUAAAAAUGUAAGAGAAAAGAUAUAUUAAACAUUUCUUAGUCUUGUUGAAAUAAAGACUGCAGAUAUUUAA